AAAAUGCCACCAUAUAGUCAAACAAAAUCCAUUAAGAAAUGGGAAACCACUGGAGUGCUAUUUGAAAAGGAUGCCGAGACCAUUGAUGGAGGAUUAAACAAGGAUAUUACGAAGUUGAAGACAGCUGGCAAACGAAAAUACGAAUACAUAUGGCUAAAUAUAUUUCUAUUGAGCUAUAUUUAUGCCCUAUCGGGCUAUGGUUUGUGGCUAUUCUUCACUGCCGCCAAGUGGCAAACAAUGAUCUUUACCGUUCUUGGUGUGAUAGCUAACUAUGUGGCCUCAUUGGCGGGUCCACAUAGACUCUACUCGCAUCGCUCCUUCAAGGCAAAUAUGCCACUUCAGUUCAUUAUCCUACUGCUGCACUCAACGGCCUUUCAGGACUCCGCCUUCGAUUGGGCGCGUGAUCAUCGUGUGCAUCACAAGUAUACGGAAACGGAUGCUGAUCCAUAUAAUUCACAACGUGGUUGGUUUUUCUCUCAUGUCGGCUGGUUGUGCACCAAAAAGCAUCCCGAAGUUCUGGCCAAGGGUAAAGAGAUCGAUGUAUCUGAUUUAACAAGCAAUCCCUUGCUAAUGUUUCAAAAGAAACACAUUUCGAUUAUAAUGCCAACGUUUGCCUUUGUAUUGCCAACUCUCAUGCCGAUGUAUUUCUGGAAUGAAGGCCUUAACGUAUCGUUUCAUGUGGCCACCAUUCUGCGACUUUUCUUGGAACUGAACUUCACAUUUCUAAUCAAUAGCUCAGCUCAUAUAUAUGGCAAUCGUCCGUAUGAUAAGACUAUCAAUCCCACCAAUGAACCAAUACUAAUAUGGUUACAUUUGGGUGAGGGAUAUCAUAAUUACCAUCAUACAUUUCCCUGGGACUACAAGAAUGCCGAGCAAGGCAAAUACGCUUACGAUUUUACAACAUAUUUCAUCAAAUUCUUUUCGCACAUCGGCUGGGCCACCGAUCUGAAGACUGUGUCCAAGGAUAUGGUAAGGAAACGUGUAAAACGUACGGGUGAUGGCACUCAUCCAAUCUGGGGCUGGGGUGAUAAAGAUCAGACCAAUGAGGAUCGAAAAGAGGCAAUAAUUAUUAAUUAAAUAUAACAAAAAAUUAAUGUUAACUAAAC